AUCGCUUUCGACGACGACGACGAGGAAGGAAGGAAGCAAAGGAAGAAGAAGAAGCAAAAGGAAAACAGCUCCGUUGGUUGGGAACGUUCGCCCCUCCUCCUCCUCCUCCUCCCAAUUUCCUCCGCCGUCAACGCCUCCCCCUUCCGCCUCCGCCCUCCCUUCGAUCGCCGCCCGCCGCCCGCCGACCGCCGACCGCCGAUCUCCGAUCCCGACCGAUGGCCACCUCCGGCAACAAGAACAUCAAUGCCAAACUGGUGCUUCUUGGAGAUGUUGGAGCUGGAAAAUCUAGCUUAGUACUGCGGUUUGUUAAAGGCCAGUUCGUUGAAUUUCAGGAAUCCACCAUCGGCGCUGCCUUCUUUUCUCAGACUUUGGCUGUAAAUGAUGCAACUGUGAAGUUUGAGAUCUGGGAUACAGCUGGCCAAGAGAGAUACCACAGCUUGGCUCCCAUGUACUAUAGAGGAGCUGCAGCAGCAAUCAUUGUGUAUGACAUGACAAACCUAGCAUCAUUUGAGCGAGCCAAAAAGUGGGUUCAAGAACUUCAGGCACAGGGUAACCCUAACAUGGUUAUGCUCGCCGGAAAUAAAGCAGAUUUGUUGGAUGCCCGGAAGGUUACAGCUGAGGAAGCACAAACAUAUGCCCAAGAACACGGUCUCUUCUUUAUGGAAACAUCUGCAAAAACUGCUGCAAACGUCAAUGACAUUUUCUAUGAAAUAGCUAAAAGACUACCCAGAGCUCAGCCAGCACCGAACCCGUCAGGAAUGGUUCUCAUGGACAGACCUGCCGAGAGGGCGGCAGCUGCAUCGUGUUGUUCUUAAAGUAGCCUUUGUCUGUGCUUUCUGUAAAAGCCCAUGACGCCUUCUCCCCCAAAAUGCAUGAUGAAUUUUCGUCACUCAGAUGUUGUCUCUGCCGAAAUAUCGCGGAAUUGUACAUGCUAUGUUAAUUUAGGCCCCUCUUAUGCACAGUGUUAUCAAGGGCGUGUGAUAUAUAAUCUUUCAUAUAUAAAUGUAAUGACUAUGGUUUGGCUCCUAUAUUGUUCUAUGCUCGUGAGGAUUGCGAACCAGUUUCGGUGCCCUUAAUGAUAUUCUGACUUACGAUC